UUUUGCAAUCUAUCAGACAAUAUCAAUCAGAAAAAUCUUGCAGCCAAAUUAUCAGAAAUCAACUCGAGAUUUUUGAAGACUCAUUGAAGACUGGACAAUGGAUUUCAAGAUUUUUGGUUUUGGUGAUCCAUUCUUCUCAGAUAUGUUUGAUGUAUCAGAUCACGAAAUUGAUAAGUCGGUGAACACACCAUCAAGGAAAUAUUUAAGGGAUGCAAAAGCAAUGGCAGCAACACCGGCUGAUAUCAAGGAGUACCCGGACUCAUACGUGUUUGUUCUUGAUAUGCCAGGGUUAAAAUCGGAGGAAAUCAAAGUUCAGGUGGAAGAUACCAACGUGCUUGUCGUGACGGGAAUGAGACAAAGGAAAGACGAAAAGGAAAAAGAGGUUAAAUAUGUGAGGAUGGAAAGAAGAAUUGGAAAGUUUAUGAGGAAAUUUGUACUCCCUGAGAACGCCAAUAUUGAUGCAAUUUCAGCAGUUUGUGUUGAUGGUGUUCUCACCAUUACUGUUCAGAAAUUGCCUCCACCGGAACCGAAGAAGCCUAGGACUAUUCAGGUUCAAAUUGGGUAACGAAAUCUGGGGUCAUUCGCUUGCUAGUUUGGGUUUAGUGAGAUGUCUAUCCAAAAUGAAUGUAUAUUUUAGUGAUGGUGUGUUCUGCGUCUUGUUUUCAUUUUGUGUAUUUUGUUUUAUCCGGGAGUACAUAAAUAAAUGAAGUUUAUGUUUAAGAAAGUUCA